ACAAUUGAAAGGUCCGAAUGUGUCAAAUGAAGAUUAUAAAGCUUCACUGAUCACAGUGAAUUGGAAUUUAGGCGGGUUACAAUGAAUUACGAUGGCUGAAUUUUCUGAAGAAAGAUGCACAAUUGGAAUAAUCUGGUGGAAGGGUUUUUUCUGCAAAGUCUCAAGAGUCUUGAUCCAAAUCCUCCAUACCAACAACAUCAGAGAAGCUCCCUGUUCCAGGGGUGGAGGAUGGAUCAUCACUUCCAGCAGAGGGAUUGGAGGUUCCUCAGAUAGUUCUGAUGAUUCACAGGGAGAUGCAGAUGCCGUGGAAAGCAAGAACUGCAGUGGUCGUCUAUGCCUGCAACAGAGAAGAACAUUUUUUUGCCAAAAUCGAACAGCUCCAGCAAUUAUAUGCCAACGUGAUUGUAGAACUCCGAAAGCACGUUCAACAUCUUUUCUACAGGACUCUUGUUUCUGUGCAAAAAGUCUUUUUUUGGACUUCGUAGAUCAUGAAUAGUUUGCACAAUAGUAUCCUACUUAGGAUAAAUACCAUCAACUAAAUAUUUUUUCCCUUGAAGGGUACAAUGUGCAGAGGAGCAAUACCUAGAGCAAGAUUUGAAAACAAGUGCGAAGAUUUUAAAACAUGAAUGUCAUUUGGAACCUGGCAUGCCAAAAUAUGCAUGUCAAAUCCAAGUUCAUAAUCAGUCACAAUUUCAAGAAUAAUAGUUGGUGAUCCUCUACGACCUGCAUAUUAACUUGCGAAAGCCGUAGCGCGAUUUUUCCACUUUCAAUGCAUGCGAUCUAAAUUGUCUAAUAUACCUAAAAAAUCACGAGAUUCUCCAAUAUGAAGCAACCUUGCAAUAUCAUUAGCAUUAAGAUGUGAAAAAUAUUCAGUUGAAAAAAUUUCAACAACGGCACGACAAAAUAUCUUAACAUUUUCAAUUUUUGUUGAUUCACCAAUUUUAAUGUACUU